AUGCGAGUGGUCCCAGUUUUCUUGGUUCUCUUGUCUCUCUUUUGUUUUUGUGGAUCAAAGAAAGCAGCAUAUAAUGUUGAAGAAGACCAGUCUCAGCAGGUUGAGCCUGCCCAGCCAGCUGAGCAAGACACAUACCUCAUAGGAGAAUGCUUAAGCAACCAAUACACACACAAGUCCUGUGAGAAAACUUUUUGUCACCCAUGGGAACGAUGUGUGGAGGGGAAAUGCAUUUGUAAGCUUCCCUACCAGUGCCCAAAGAAUGGGUCUUCAGUCUGUUCUACCAAUGGAAGGAACUUCCAUACUUACUGUCAGCUGAAGAGCUACGAGUGUCAACGUCCCGAGGCAAAGUUUCUGCACAAGGGAAAAUGCACGUUUGAAGAAACAUUUUCAGUCUCUCUGGGUCAUGAAGAUUCAAGGUUGCUUCGAGUAAAACCUGUGAAUCAACAGAAUGACUUUUUUGUAUGUGACAGUGAGUGGACUAUGAAUGAAGCAAACGUGGCUUGCAAGCACCUUGGCUUUGAAUUAGGUGCUGAAUAUUACCAAGGCAAUUCCAACAACACAGACUCUGCCUUAAAUUCAAUGCACUGUCUGCAAAUAACUUGCAGGGGCCUAGAGACAAGUCUUGCUGAAUGUCACAUGGAGAUGAAAUCCAGAGAUAGUAAUGAGGGAUUUGUUAGCCUCCAGUGCCAUGAAAACCUCAGAGCUUGUUCGGAUGGUGAGUUUCACUGUGUCAACAAGAAGUGCAUUUCUCUGAAUAAAACCUGUGAUGGCAUCAAUGACUGUGGAGACCUAAGUGAUGAACUCUGCUGUAGAGAGUGCAGAGGCAACAGUUUCCACUGUCACUCAGAUAUCUGUAUUCCAAGUAAGAAUGUCUGUAACAAAGAAACUGACUGCCUCACAGGAGAGGAUGAAGCUGGAGUCCUCUGCGCAGGCAAAGACAAAGGUGCUGAAAAUCACAGUAUGGAUGAAGAAAGAAAAAGGAUAAAGACACUUCUUCCCCAAGCACACUGCGGUCUGACAAAUCACAAAUUAACUCGACGGAAAAGAAUCAUAGGUGGAGUGAAUGCAAGAAAGGGUGAAUUCCCUUGGCAAGUAGCAAUUAGAGACACUGGAAGUGAAGGUUCAACAGUCUACUGCGGAGGGGUUUAUAUUGGUGGCUGCUGGGUUAUCACUGCUGCACACUGUGUCAGGCCAAAUCGAGUUCAUUUGUACCUUGUCUGGGUCGGACUGCUGCAUAUCAUACAGCAUGACAAAGAGACUGAUACUUUCAGACUGAAACAACUGAUAAUCCAUGAAAAGUACAACGCGACAACUUACGAAAAUGACAUUGCUCUGCUGGAGCUGAGAGGCUCUGGGACAGGAGAAUGCUCCCUGGAAUACAGCACACCUGCCUGUGUCCCCUGGUCAGAGUACAUGUUCAAGACUGGUGACAGAUGCAAGGUUUCUGGAUGGGGACUGGAGAAAGGUUAUACUAAACAAUAUGUCCUCAAGUGGGGCAAUGUUAAUUUAUUUCAGAAUUGUUCUGAAUUGUAUCCAGGACGAUUUUUCAAACAAAUGGCAUGUGCAGGAACCUACGACGGCUCCACAGACAGUUGCAAAGGUGAUUCGGGAGGCCCCCUGGUGUGUUUUGACGCCCAAAACGUCGCGUACGUGUGGGGCAUUGUGAGCUGGGGUGAGAACUGUGGGGAGGCCGGUCACCCCGGCGUCUACACCAAAGUCGCCAGCUACUACGACUGGGUGAGCCACCACGUGACGAGGAGCCUCAUCGCACGCCACAACACCUGA